AUGUCUUCCAGUCGACACUCGCACCAUGAAACUUACUAUCUCACAGAUGGAAACGUUGUUUUGUCACUGUCAGGAACACUUUUCAAGGUUCAUCGUUCCGUUCUGGCACGAGAUGGAUCAACUUUCGAGAAUAUGUUCUCUUUAGAAGAGUACAGUCUCGUUCAAGAGGGUUGUAGUGAUGAGAACCCCAUCCACCUGCAGGGAGAUUCAGUCGAAGAGUUCCAAGAGUUGCUGUGGUGUCUAUAUGCCUUGCCACAAGAAAUUUCACUCGCCUCGUCUCCACAAGGCGACAUCACCAAGUUGUCGAACGCUGCCCGGAUGGCUCACAAGUACCACUUCAUAACAACGGAGACAUGGGCCCUUAGAGCGUUGCUUGCCUGCCUUGCAUCCCAGCGCUCCGCUGGGUUGUCAACUCACUCUCUGGUCAAAGCAACUGAAGUUGCCGUUCUCUGCGAUGACAUUCCUUUGUCGGAUGCUGUCAGGAUACGAUGGAAGGUCCACAUUGCUGCACGGACAGAUCUUGCUAUAGUCAUGAAGACUACCGAUCGUCUCGCGGGUAUGCGAGACCUUCAAGGGCAAGCAUACCAUGCCAUGAUGCUACAAGGGCGACAUAGGUGGGAUACCGACAAAGACCUAUCCCGGCACCAACGCGUACGACUACUUUCGGGUUACCACAAUCUAACACAAGUCUGCGAUGCUCUUCCAGAUACACCUCCCGAGAUCGGCCACGACGCGUCCUGUCGUUAUCGCGGCGAAUGUCACGAAGCUUGGAAAAUGCUGUGGAAGCAGAUGACGAACCCGAAUCCGAACGAUGGUGGGAUCGGCUCGCAAGCAUUCGUUCACCAUCAUCUUGACCUACCCGGCAGACUGAUGAUGACUGUCAGUGUCAUGAAAGCCUUCGUUGAGGGUACGAUACCGAAGUACGACGAAAUCAUGGAUAAUUUCCAUCGAGAAUGUUCGUUCGUUGCUUUGGAGGCAACUGCAGCACUUUUUCGUCGGACGCAGGAGAAUAUGAUGGAGUUCUUCGCGGAUGUUACUUGA